AUGGGCCGCAUAAGUCUCACAGCCCUCAAUGUCCGCAAAACUGCUGUCGCCAAACUCAAGGCGAAACAGAUUACCCAGCAGCCAAGUUGGCUUAAUAUAGCUGGCGAUAUCCCUCCCGCACAGAUCCUCAUACGCCAACAGCCUCUACAACACCCUUUGACAAAGGUCCGCACACGCACUCUUCCCAGCGGGAAAACAGAGCAGUAUCUCCAAGUGGUGGAACCGAGGAAGCGAAAAACGCUGAAAGAUCGCCAUUUGUUCAUGCCCAAGAGUUUACAAUACGAGGAGGACUCCCUGAGGUCAAGAUUCUUCAGCGAUCAUCCUUGGGAGUUGGCGCGGCCUCGCGUUGUGCUCGAAACCUCGGGAGAUCAAUACAAAAAUGCAGACUGGUCGACAGGCUUGAUUCAGCCUGGCAUCCCCCUCUCCGGCGAAUCCGUGGUCCAAAGACAACUUUGGCUUCUCCAGAACGUACCCGACAUCACCGUCGCGCAGGCAUAUGACAUCUCCCGAAAAGAAUUCUAUGCUUUACGGCGACAGGAAGAGACGCGGAACAGAAUUGCUGCCGAGGAAGCAAGACAUAUGGGUGCACAAUUCGGCAAGUCGGCCAUUCAAAUCAGCAUGAAGAUUGAAAACGCCAUGUACAACGAUUGGGAACGAUGGAGCCGACAAGUGGUGGCCGAUCAGGGUCAAAGAGCUGCCGCUUUCGAAGGAACUAUCACCAAGGCAGAAGACGAGACAUUAAAGGAGGUUGCUUCCACUGAAGGGCAACCCGAACGGCCUGCUAUCGGAACGGGUGUCUUUGCUCAGCAACAGAAGUUGGAUUCUCGGAGUCUUCGACGGACAGGGAAUUCUGCACAGCAGGCCAAAGGUGGAGUAUAG